AUGGACCGUUUCUUCAAAGAUAAGGCAAUUGCCGUUACUGGCGGCACAUCUGGCAUAGGAUAUGCCAUCUCUGUGCGACUUCUGGAGCUUGGGGCGACUGUGCAUAUAUUGGACUUGAAUCCACUCGACGAGAAGGUACACGCUCCUUACCCAACUACCAGUGGCCAAUUCUAUGUGUACACCGGGGUGGAUGUUACGAGCCGACAGAACGUACGCGAUACGUUCCAGAAGAUUUUCAGUAUCAGUCCAAACCUCUACGGUCUUGUGAACAAUGCAGGUGUCAAUCUCUUCCUCCAGAGCGACGAGACAUUCUACAGAACCAUAGAAGUCUGUGCAUACGAAACCUGGCAUUGCGCCACCGAGCUCUUCCGCUAUUACAUGGCUAAAAACAAGCCUUAUCCACCGGAGACCGACAUUGGCAUCAACGAGCAGGUCGCGUCCGUGGUCAAUAUUGGAUCGACGGCAUCUAUCAUGCGCACCUCAGGAUCUCCACACUACACUGGAGCUAAGCACGCUGUCAUGGGAUUCACACGCACAUGGGCCAUCGAUUUGGCGCCGUACUGGAUAGAUGUAAUGCUGUGUUGCCAGGUGUGGUGGCAUCGGCUGGGUUGA